UCAAUUAAUCUAUCAAUCUAGCCAAGCUAGAAAGAUGGCUAGUACUCUGUCUGAAGCGUAUAGAGACCACCCGCAAUAUCUUCAUCAUAUUAUACCCAUAGACUUUUCUUCAGUCCGGAGCCUACCCGAUUCCCAUGCAUGGCCUCAAACUAUGGACGGUGCUGGCCGUUGCUCGGCGGAUGACGACGAUGAGGAAGGAUCCGGGUUGUCGAUACCCGUGAUCGAUCUGAUGGAUCCGAAUGCCGUGGAGCAGAUAGGGUUCGCAUGUGAGGAGUGGGGUGUCUUCCAAUUGAAGAACCAUGGGGUAGGGUUGAGUCUUCUGGAAGAGGUAGAGGCAGAGGCAAAGCGACUCUUUGCCCUGCCGGCGAAUCAAAAGCUAAAGGCCUUGAGAUCGCCGGACGGAGCCACCGGGUAUGGUCGAGCAAGAAUAUCGCCUUUCUUCCCUAAGUAUAUGUGGCAUGAAGGAUUUACAAUCAUGGGCUCUCCUUUCCACGAUGCCAACGAGAUUUGGCCUGAUCACUGCGCACCGUUUUGUGAAUUGAUGGAAAAUUAUCAGAAGCAACUGAAGGUGCUGGCGGAGAAGCUAACACGCAUGAUGUUGGGAUUCGUGGGGAUUUCGGAGGAAGAAGCCAAGUGGGUGGGGUCAAGUGGCAGCACAGGAGCGGUUCAGCUGAACUACUACCCGCAGUGUCCCGAACCGAACCGGGCCAUGGGUCUGGCCCCUCACACGGACACAUCGGUCCUGACCAUACUCCACCAGAGCCAGACCAAGGGCCUGCAGAUCUUCAAGGACCGAGUGGGUUGGGUUCCGGUGCACCCGGACCCGCGUGCGCUCGUGGUGAACGUCGGCGAUCUGCUUCACAUAAUAUCAAACGCGAGGUUCCCUUGCGUGCUUCACAGAGUAACAGUGGAUAGGGUUCAGCACCGGUACUCGGUGGCUUAUUUCUACGGGCCACCUCUGGAUUACGUUUUACUAUCGCCUUUGGCCGAGCAAGCACGUUUUCGUGGGCGUCACAGUGAAAGAGUAUAUCGGGAUUAAGGCCAAUAAUCUAGGGAAAGCACUCUCCUUGAUUAGCACAAAUUAAUUAAAUUAAACUAAUAAUCGUCUCAUCAUCUUCUUUACUUAUUUCUUGAUCUCGUCCCCUUCACUGCUUUUUCUUCCCUUUAGCUCCUUUUCUUUGCUGUCUCUCUUUUAGUUAUAUCCAUUUGACUCGGACUCUUUAAUUUGUUCAUCAAGAUACAAUGAGUUAGAUUUUCUAUCUUCUCAAGUUAUAUUAGCGGGUAAUAAUUAAUAUGCCAUAGACAUUAAUUUGAUUAAGGUCAAAUGGAUAAGGUUAUCCUUUGUGGUCAUCACAGCUCAGCUUUUAUACACAAGGAGUACUAUAUGGUUUUUUCAGUUUU